AUGAGUUCCAAAGCCGCCAUCAACAAGGAAGUCUUCGUACCCCACGACGAGAAGAUGCUGGCAGCCGUGCAAGUGAAACGGAAGACUAAGAAGAAGAUUCCAUUCUUGGCUACUGGCGGUCAGGGAGACUAUCUGACAUUCAUCUGCCUUUCAGUGACAAAUAAAAAGCCAGCCCACGUCGCCAUCACCAAAGUGAAACAGUUCCAAGGAUCCUCUGCCUUUGUCAAACGCUCACAGUGGACUAUCGAACAACUACGGCAGGUCAACGGCAUUGACUCUAUCAAAGACUCCCCAGAGUUUGACCUGACGUUUGAUAACGCCUUUGACCAGUGGGUUGCCGGAUCCGCGGGAGAGAAAUGCACCUUUAUUCAGAUUCUUCACCACACCUGCCAGCGCUACAUUCCCACGAGGAAACCAGACUUUGUCAACUGUCAGACCAAACUGCUGGGAGGCAAUAGUAUACUUCACUCAGCUGCAGACAGCGUGACGAGUGCCGUGCAGAAGGCCAGCCAAGCUCUGAACGAGCGAGGUGAGCGACUGGGCCGAGCCGAGGAGAGGACAGCGGACAUGAUGAACAGCGCUGAACAAUUCGCUGUCACAGCACAUAAGGUGAGGCUGUAG